GGGCGGCAGAAACCAGACCAGACUAUCAAGGGAGCCACCCCAAAGCGCAGGCAAAGCCCGUGGGCCUCCAGGUUUGUCAGUGCACUGCUCGGCAACACGCAGCUCCUCUCCGGCCUCAUACACGGACUCUGGGAGCUAUUUCAUAACCAGGCGGCGGCGCUCAGCGCCGCCCACCUACUCGGCCUGGCGGUGUUUGCGGUCCAUCUCCACGCCUGCAUGCCCCACGGUCCUCUGGUCCAGCUGUUCCCGCCCACACUCCCGGAGCCGGUUCGCGUCGGAGAGGCUCUUAGCUCGGCGCUGGUCUGCAGCACACACUCCAACAUGCUCUUCUGUGUCAGGUUGUGUGUGGCAGCUUUGUGUUACGGGAUCUGCAGAGGGGACUCAUUGCCUCAGCAACAACAGCAGGACUACAUCCUCAACAGCUUCUAUAAGAAGCUCCUGUACCUCAUCCCAAGACUCUCGCCUGAAACCAGAGGAACUCCCAUCACUGCUGGCGGUCUAAUCGGUGACCACCAGGAGGAGAACCCGCCGGGCCUGUGGAGCAGUGCCACAGACGCCAACGGCACCUGGAGGAAGACCGCUUGGCAUCUGUGGAGGCACCCGGUGUUCCGUCAGCUGGAAAACACGCCACAAUAUCAGCUAUCGUUCUCAGAAUGGGUGGCUAUCGAGCUCAGAGUACGGAGAAGUGAAGACGCCCUGUCAGACCCAGAACGUCAGGAGUACCAGCAGUGGGCCUGCUGGGAGCUCUACCUGUCCUGUCCGGAGGAACAGGGAGGCUGUGGUGGAGACACGAGGAUCCUCUGCUCUCAUCUGCUCAAUGCCGUCAUGGACCAGCAGCUAAGCAACCAGAGCCUGGACAAGCUGCAUCACAGAGUGUCAGAAACAGGGACCUGUCUGCCAGACAUCCUGUCCCGGUUACAGGAGCUUGUCUAUGACAUGGAAGUGACCAACCUCUGCCGUGGAAGCAGCCGACCCGACGUGAGCGACGUCCUGUUGGAAUCGGUGUCUCAGAGAUGCUCCUCCUCAGCUCCACCGAGCAUCAGGGCCGAGCUCAGCCUGCAGCACACGCUGAGCACGUGGAACAGGGUCCUGCUGGCUCUCCCAGCAGUGUUGCUCGUUAAAGUGAGGUCCGAAGGAGGGAGGGAGACUCUGGAGUGUGACACGCUGAUAGAACAUGUCAACCAGCAUCAGAGGAAGGCGUGUUCUCCGGUCGGCUUGCUGUCCUGCCACCUGACAACACACCUGCUGAGAGGUGUGUUGUGUGCCGGCGCACGCUGCAGACACUCGAGGGAAGAAGUCAACAAAGCCUGGUCCCAGAUCAGUCUACGCUGUCCACUACUCCUGGUCUCCACAGCGCACUGGUGGGAGCGUGUGUCUCCGGUGCUUUUGUCCCUGUGGCGUCGCCUGUGUGACGGAGAGCCUCUACCAGAGCAGCUGCAGCUCCUUGCUGACUGUCAGAACUGGGCCUGCAGUUUGGAGAAGGGGCUGCCGUCGUCGCCGGUACCCGCGGCUGCAGCUCUGCUGCUGGCCGCCAGCCUGCACCGCGCCUGGCGAGGCCGCGGGCGCAACGAACAGGGCUUCAGCGCUGCCCUCAGCGUGCUGCGGCCACAGAGGAGCACGCAACACCGACAG